GAUUCAAUCAGUUGUUAUCUCAACGUCGAGUUGUACGGUUGAUGUUCGAGUGAAUUUGUCGUCGUGGGAUUGAUAUUUUUUACUUUGCAUGUUCAAGAAUUUGUUGUUGUAUUGUAUUUUGUAUUAAAGGAAUGUUUACCACAAAUAAAUUCUUGCUUCUUUAAAGCAAAUCUAUAAAACUUCUGGCGUCCUUUGUCCAAUUGUUGGACAUAGUGUGUUCUUGUAUUCUUGUUGUUGUUUGUUUUUUUUUUUUUUGAGAAUUUGAUUUCCCUUUGUGUAAUGAAUUUGCAUCCAGAAACUAGCGAACCCGUCGAUUCUGUGCGUGGGCGUGUGUAUGCAAAUUCCAAAAAAUAAAUAAAAAAAUUUAUUACAAGUGUAGGUUCCUUACCUGUAUGUGUGUUGUGUUAUAGAAUACGAAACUCGAAAUAAUGAUAACGAAAUAGUUACAAUAAAAUACAAAAAUAUAAAACUGGAUUAAGAGUGCAUCCGCAUUCGAACGAACCAAUGUGUACUUCAGUUGUCCCUCAGGCAAUUUACAAAAACUAAAUCUCAAAGUAGAAGGAAAUAAAAUCGCAAUUUUGUGCUCGAUUGACAGCAAAAAAAAUAACAAAGACCACCAUCGACAUGCCGGGGCUUAAGGCUAUAUCCCUGUUCGUCUCUGUGGUGCUUGUGAAUUUCGGUUUGUUGCCGGUCACUAUGGGAUAUCUUGAUGUUAGUGGAGGCCAGAGCGCAGAGGAUCUGUCCUCAUCUUCUUCAAUGGAAAAUGAGUUUCCCCAUUCGUUACGACAUCACGAACACUACAAUCAUCGCAUUGAACAUGCUGUGAAAGAGUCCAAAAAGAAGAUACUUAAAACCCCCAUACUCAGCGCCUCCACAAAAAACAACUCGCUGUCGGCCCAUCAGAUCUAUCUAAGACACCAUCAUAGAGGAAAUGUGGCGACUUCUACUCCGCCGCCCUCUAAAUCGGGACAUCAUUUGCGACAUCAUAACCGUCACCAUGAAUCAUGGGAGAAUCGCGUAUUGCAAUCGCAAGGUCAACAGCACCAGGGUGAGGCUUCACUGGGGCCGACAACCACCGUGAGACCAUUAAAACAACAACUGAACUUGACGAACACUUUGCGCAGUCGCCUAUUCGACCGCGAUAGCUUGUAUACAAUUCCGAGGACAAGGACCACGACCGGUCCGAAAUCGAGGCACAAUUAUGGGAGUCACAUUCUACCAGCAAGUGGCAGAGCCAGCGAUAGAGCCUAUGGUGAUGACAAUCGUUUUGACGAUCGGGAUCGGGAUCGGGACGAACCACAAAUGGUGGAAUAUUCACAGAAGUACUCUGACAAAAACAAUGCAGCAAUGCAUCUGUUCUCUGGCGAAGACUACAACGAGGAUAAUGAUAAUGGUGAUGAUGAAGAUGAUGAUUAUCAAUACGAAGGUGGCGACGAAGACGAGCAGAACGAGGAGCCAGCUCUCGACAGUGAAAAGUGGAAUAAAAUCGAUAUCCAGGAUCGAAGGAACAGAAGGGAACACUCUCCAUCAGCAAAGCCCUGGGUUAGCAUUAGUGAUGAUACGGAAAGCCUUUAUUCGCGGUAUAACAUUCCAGGCACACUAACACAGCAUAAAUUUGAAGAAUUAGGAACUCACGAUGCUGUCAAACAGUCACGAAAGACCCAUAUCACGAAUCACAUGCAGAACAAAGCUUUGGCCAAUGCACACGCCUCAAGAAUUUAUAGUGAGGCUAACUGCCGGCUACCUCAGCAAAGGGUCGAACGCAUACAAAAGGAUCCUUCGAAAAUGUACGUGCCACAUUGUACAAUUUUGCACAGAUGUGGAGACGAUACCGGAUGCUGCAAGACAGACCGACAAACUUGUGCACCCAAGAGAACGCAAAGUGUGGACCUGUACUUUUUUGUAAAAAGUUUCAAUUCCAAACAAGGGUCUAUUGAACGACAUACUUUUGUCAACCACACCGAGUGUCAUUGUGUAGAUAAGUCAAAGCACUAUAUGCAUUCCUUCACAGAUGCAGCACCCAUAAUGCGAAAAGCCACCGUUCUAGACUGCAAUUGUCCAAAAUUAUUCGAAAAAAUCCUUCAAGAGGAUGGUGUAUGCAGAUGCGACUGUUCAUCAGGUAACAUAGGAUGUAAUUACCUAAAACGUGGAAUGGAGCAUUUUUCAAUGAUAGACAGAAAAUGUAUCAUUGAAGGUCGUUGUAAGCCACCUACCUGUGAAUUUGGAAGCUAUCUUAAAAAACACGGUCGAUGUCAGAAAGGUGGUGAAGUGGUGCAGCAGCCCCCACUUUCCUGGAGUUACAAUUAAACUAACGUGUGUCUCAUAUAGCAAUAUAAAUUUUUAAAAAACUUUAGUUAUAAAUAUGAUAUAUUUAUAAAAACAAACAAAAUUAUUUUAAAAUUCAUUUUAGAAUUUUAAGGGAGCAAGAAGGACCUCAAUUUAAACAACAAAAAAAAGGUUACUUUUAAAAUUUCAUAUUUUCUAAUAAUUAUUAUAGAUUCAAUGAUUCCAAUGACUUUGUAGCUUUAUUUAACUUCGAUUUUAAGGAAGUUCUUUUUUAGUUAUUUACGAUUUUGAUUGUCACUGUUUUUAAUUAUAAUUUAAAGUGUUUACAAAGAGAGUCAUCUUUAUGCAAAACUCUAGUCAAUUUAAUUAAUUGCUUGAAUAUUUUAUAAUAUAUUAAAUAAAAAACUAAAAAACAAAACACGUUAUCAAAAAGUAUAUAAUAAUAAUGUAAUUAAAAAUAUUUAGAACUAAACACGAGUAUUAAACUUUGUCGUGAAAAAAAGUUAAAGAAAAAUUAAUAAUAUUAAAUAUAAUUAUAAUUAUAAAAAAAAAUCAUGUCCACCAAAUGAUAAAUGAAAUAUAAAAAUCCCACUGCCUUUCCCCUUUUUACAUUAAGACCGGAAAAUGUUAUUUAUUUUUAUUUAUGUGAUUUAACUUGUGAAGACGAGACUGUACCCAUUUAUUUAACACAAAAUAAAACUUGCAGACAAAGUUUUUUUUUCUUUAGAAUGCUCAAAAAAUUGAAGAAGAAGGAAUUUCAAGCACACACACGCCUGGUUUUAAUACCAAGGCAUAUAAUAAGCAAUAUGAUGCAUUUAUUUGUUGUUUCAAGCGUUGAAUUUAAGAAAUAAUAAUAAUAUUAAAUAAGUUGAAAUUUUAUAAAUUAAAUGAUAUUAACAAAAUUAUGAGCUUUGUUGGAUACAAGUUCUGUGAGGCUUUGGACUUGUCAUUGGCUAAUUAAAUUUUAUCAGAAGUUUGAUCCGUUUUUCUGGACAAUUAAUAAAAAAAAACUUUAGUAAAAUUGAUCAAAAAUAUUCCUAUUUUUAAACAACUUUCGAAUUUAAUUGCAAAAAAAUUAGUGACACUUUUCCAACAAAGCUCAUGUUAAUCCACAAUAAAAUCGUAUUCACAAAUAUAAUUAAAAGAAAAAUAUCAUAUUAAAGAAAGAUUUGUAGUUAUAUACAUUCAUAUAUAUUUUUUUUAAUUCUAAGACUAUGUAUUUACAAAUUAAGUAGUUUUAAAGAGAAGCUGUUAAAAAAAAAAAUAUUUACUAUAAUCAAUAAGUAGCUAACAUAAAUAGUGUUAUUGAUAAAUAUAAUAAUAAAUAAGAGAAGUGUUAUAAAAAUCUCGAAUGUAUAUUUUCUUAUAGUUUAAUUAUUUAUUGUUGUUUAAAUGUCUUAUACCCAUCAAUUAUUUUGUUUUAU